AUCAUCGCAUGACAUUACACAUUGAUAGGCAGAGAAGCAGCCACACAGAUUUUCACAUAUAUUCCCUCUCAACCAAAUUUAGCUUCUUCUUUCCCACACCAUAAUAUUAUCCCCUUCACUCUUCAUAUCCACAUGUACCCAAAUUUCAGUCCUCACUUGCCUUUCUUCACACAGACAACAUUGUAUCUAAAGCCAUAGGAUUCCCAGAACGGUCUUGCAUCAACUCUCACCAAAAAAAUCACAACUUUCUAGGAGAGCUAAUUGACCACCUGGGAUUUGUAGAGGGUGGAGGAUAUGAUAUAAGGAAUUAGAAAGGAUUGAAUUCAGGUUGUUGUUGGGGACUAUUUUUUAUAGACCCCCAUGUUAAUAAUAGUAGGAAGUAUGCAAGGAACAAUGGUUUCUCUGGCUUCUACGGCCAGUUUUGGAAGUUUGGCUUCUGAAAGGUCACACUACUCAUUGGUGAGGAGAGGUUGUUUGUCAAAAGGGAACUGGGUUAAGAAGAAGAGGUGGCAUUGUGUGUCAUUAUCUGUGUGUAAAUAUUCUGCCACAGCAGCUACUGACUUGGUUUCUGAACAAAGUAACACCUAUAGAGGAGGUAAAAGUGAUGAUAGUGAUGUUGGUUUUCUACGUAAGCCGACUCCUAAGCCAGUUUUGACGUCGUCGGGGUCUACUUGGGAACCAUCAAGAAUCAAUGGGGUUUCUGGUGAUGGUGAUGAAAAGUUGGGGGUUGUUGAGGAGAGGAAUAAGGUGAUCGAAUCACUUGGAGAGGUAUUGGAGAAGGCAGAGAAGUUAGAAACUUCGAGGGUGAGUAAGCCGGGGAGUAGGAGUGAGAGUAGGGUUGUAAAUAAAUCCAUACCAUCUAACACAAAUAGUGCAUCGACGGGAGCAACUCAGAAUUCUAAAACUUUGAAGAGUGUGUGGAGGAAAGGGGACAAUGUCGCUACUGUACAAAAGGAGGUAAAGGGUAAGAAUGGUAAUACCAAUAAGACAAUUGUGAAAGAGGAGACUAAAAAGGAGGCACGGGGAAAGGUAGAGUCUCAAGCCCCUCCUUCUCCAAGGCCCCCUCAGCCACCUUUGAGACCACAACCAAAAUUACAAGCAAAGCCUUCUGUAGCUCCUAAGCCUGUAAUAAAGAAACCUGUUGUUUUGAAGGAUGUUGGGGCAGUUCCAAAGUCGUCGGUUAUUGUUGAAACUGACUCUGGCUUGAAAACUACAGAACGCAAGCCAAUUUUGAUUGACAAAUUUGCUUCCAAGAAACCAGCGGUUGAUCCUCUGAUUGCUCAAGCUGUUUUAGCCCCAGCAAAACCAGGAAAAGGCCCCCCACCCGGAAAGUUCAAAGAUGACUAUCGUAAGAAAAAUGCUCCAGCUGGUGGAUCACGGAGACGAAUGUUUAAAGAUGUUGACACAGAUGAGGACACUUCAGAACUUAAUGUCUCUAUCCCUGGUGCUGCAAGGAAGGGUAGGAAAUGGACUAAAGCAAGUAGGAAGGCGGCCAAACUUCAGGCUGCCAAAGAUGCAGCUCCUGUCAAAGUAGAAAUUCUUGAGGUUGCUGAAGAAGGUAUGUUGAUAGAGGAGUUAGCCUACAACUUGACUAUUGGUGAAGGUGAAAUUCUCGGGUAUUUAUACUCAAAAGGGAUUAAGCCUGAUGGGGUGCAAAAACUAGACAAAGAUAUUGUGAAAAUGAUUUGUAGAGAGCAUGAAGUGGAAGUCCUAGAUGUUGACUCCAUCAAAGUGGAAGAAAUGGCAAGAAAGAAGGAAAUUUUUGAUGAAGAAGACCUGGACAAACUACAAGACCGGCCUCCUGUCAUUACUAUAAUGGGUCACGUGGAUCAUGGGAAGACAACCCUUUUGGAUUAUAUUCGAAAGAGCAAGGUAGCUGCCUCAGAAGCAGGUGGGAUUACACAAGGAAUUGGUGCAUAUGAGGUGUUAGUUCCUAUAGAUGGCAAGGUGCAGCCAUGUGUUUUCCUUGACACUCCUGGACAUGAGGCAUUUGGAGCAAUGAGGGCUCGUGGAGCAAGGGUGACAGACAUUGCUAUUAUUGUAGUGGCUGCUGAUGAUGGAAUCCGUCCUCAAACAAAUGAGGCCAUAGCUCAUGCAAAAGCCGCUGGAGUACCCAUAGUUAUUGCUAUAAAUAAGAUAGAUAAAGAUGGAGCUAAUCCAGAACGAGUAAUGCAAGAGCUUUCUACAAUUGGCCUAAUGCCUGAAGACUGGGGUGGUGAUACACCAAUGGUUCAGGUUAGUGCUCUUAAAGGGGAGAAUAUUGAUGAUCUUAUGGAAACGGUGAUGCUUGUUGCAGAGUUACAAGAGUUGAAGGCUAAUCCUGAUAGAAGUGGAAAGGGCACAGUCAUUGAGGCAGGUCUUCAUAAAUCUAAAGGACCACUAGCUACAUUUAUUGUGCAGAAUGGGACUCUUAAAACAGGGGAUAUAGUAGUUUGUGGAGAAGCCUUUGGAAAGGUGCGGGCUUUAUUUGAUGAUGGUGGAAAUCGUGUGAAGGAAGCUGGACCCUCUAGACCUGUGCAGGUGAUCGGGUUAAAUAAUGUUCCAAUUGCUGGUGAUGAAUUUGAGGUUGUUGGCUCCCUUGAUAUUGCACGUGAAAGGGCUGAGUCACGUGCUGAGGCAUUAAGAGAUGAACGUAUAUCAGCUAAGGCUGGAGAUGGGAAGAUUACUCUUUCUUCCUUGGCUUCUGCUGUUUCAGCUGGAAAGCAGUCUGGAUUAGACUUGCACCAGCUGAAUAUCAUCAUGAAGGUUGAUGUUCAGGGAUCCAUUGAAGCUGUCAGACAAGCUCUACAGGUGCUGCCACAAGAUAAUGUCACUUUGAAAUUUCUCUUGCAAACAACAGGAGAUGUAAGCAACAGUGAUGUUGAUCUUGCAUUUGCCAGCAACGCCAUUAUAUUGGGAUUUAAUACCAAAGCUUCGGGAUCUGUGAAAAGCUAUGCUGAAAAUAAAGGCGUUGAGAUUCGACUGUAUAGAGUUAUCUAUGAACUAAUUGAUGAUGUGCGGAAUGCAAUGGAAGGACUCCUAGAACCUGUUGAGGAACAAGUAACAAUUGGCUCAGUGGAAGUCCGGGCUGUUUUUAGCAGUGGCAGUGGUCGCGUUGCUGGCUGCAUGGUAGUAGAUGGAAAAGUGGUGAAUGGUUGUGGCAUUCGGGUGAUUCGAAAGGGCAAAGUUGUUCAUGUUGGUGUUCUUGAUUCUCUGAGACGGGUUAAGGAAAUUGUGAAAGAGGUAAAUGCUGGACUAGAAUGUGGAAUUGGGAUGGAAGAUUAUAAUGAUUGGGAGGUGGGAGAUGUUCUCGAGGCCUUCAGUUCAAUUGAGAAGAAGCGGACGCUAGAAGAGGCAUCAGCUUCCAUGACAGCUGCAUUUGAAGGAGUAGGAAUGGAAGAAUAGAAAAGCCUGUGGCUAUAAAAUUGGUUUCUAAAUAUUUUUUCUUGAGGAAUCAAGUGUUUUCUACCUCGAACGGGCAUAAUACUAUCCGAUCAGUGAUUUGACAGUGCUUAGCUGGUAUGAAUUUGGAUAAAUCCCACUACUUGCAAUUGACUGGAAUAUUGGUGCCAAGGACACAAACUUGUAGUGAUUUGGUCUUCGUUUGUAUGCUAUCAUGUUGUACAUAACACUAGAUUUCAGCUUCUUUUUGUAAAGAGGGAACAUUAUUAAUUCAAGUUGUAAAAUUUCGAUGUGGACGAAACAUGUAACAGCUGUGUAAGAACUGGAAAAAAAAGGUUAUAAGAUUCAUUUUGAUGCUCUCAAGCUGAUGCAUCAUUUCUCACUCAGGUCCAA